GGUACAUUCAGUAGGAAAAACAUUCAGAAACAGAAGUCCUUACUCUUGAUUCAUUGGUAUCAAGGACUCAUCAGGCACCAUCUUCAGCCUAUUUCUUCAAUUUUUUUGGUCAAGCAGAGGGAGAGCUUACUUAGUGCUGGUCCAUCUGUCUCAGCUGAACUUGACUUCCUUGCUGUCUCAUAUUACAAAUGCCUAAAAACAGCAAGGUAGUGAAAAGAGAACUAGAUGAUGAGGUCAUUGAGUCAGUUAAGGACCUACUGUCUAAUGAGGACUCUUCAGAUGAUGCCUUUAAGAAGAGUGAACUUAUGGUUGAUGAUCAGGAAGAAAAAGAUACAGAUGUUGAAGAAGGCUCAGAUGUAGAAGAUGAAAGACCUGCUUGGAACAGCAAACUCCAGUAUAUUCUGGCACAAGUUGGAUUUUCUGUGGGAUUGGGGAAUGUGUGGCGAUUCCCGUAUCUGUGUCAGAAAAAUGGUGGAGGUGCCUAUCUUCUGCCAUACUUAAUCUUGCUACUGAUAAUAGGGAUUCCACUCUUUUUCUUGGAGCUUGCUGUGGGGCAGAGGAUCCGCCGAGGGAGUAUUGGUGUGUGGAAUUAUAUCAGCCCCAAACUUGGAGGAAUUGGAUUUGCAAGCUGCGUAGUAUGUUUCUUUGUGGCCCUGUACUACAAUGUCAUUAUUGGAUGGAGUCUGUUUUACUUUUCCCAGUCUUUUCAACAUCCAUUACCAUGGGACCAGUGUCCUUUAGUUAAAAAUGCAUCUCAUACAUUUGUGGAGCCAGAGUGUGAAAAAAGUUCUGCAACCACUUAUUACUGGUACAGAGAAGCACUGAAUAUUUCCAGCUCUCUAUCAGAGAGUGGGGGUUUAAACUGGAAGAUGACUAUCUGCUUGCUGGCUGCCUGGGUCAUGGUAUGCCUAGCCAUGAUCAAAGGCAUUCAAUCUUCAGGCAAAAUCAUGUAUUUUAGUUCCCUUUUUCCUUAUGUGGUACUUCUAUGCUUUCUGAUCAGAGGACUGCUCCUUAGUGGGUCAGUGGAUGGAAUUCGUCACAUGUUCACACCUAAGCUUGAAAUAAUGCUGGAGCCCAAAGUCUGGAGAGAAGCUGCUACUCAGGUGUUCUUUGCCUUAGGGCUUGGAUUUGGUGGAGUCAUUGCCUUUUCAAGCUACAACAAGAGAGACAACAACUGCCAUUUUGAUGCUGUACUGGUGUCCUUCAUCAAUUUUUUCACUUCUGUGCUGGCAACAUUGGUGGUGUUUGCAGUUCUGGGCUUCAAAGCCAAUAUCAUAAAUGAAAAAUGUGUUAUCCAAAAUUCAGAGAAGAUUUUAAAACUUUUGAAAAUGGGCAAUCUGAGCCUGGAUAUGAUCCCACAUCAUAUCAAUUUCUCAAGCAUUACAGCAGAAGAUUACAAUUUAGUUUAUGACAUUAUACAGAAAGUUAAAGAAGAAGAGUUUGAUUCUCUUGGUCUGAAAUCUUGUCAAAUUGAAGAUGAACUUAACAAGGCGGUUCAAGGAACUGGUUUAGCUUUUAUUGCAUUUACAGAAGCAAUGACACACUUCCCUGCUUCUCCCUUCUGGUCAGUCAUGUUCUUCCUCAUGUUAGUAAAUUUGGGACUUGGAAGUAUGUUUGGAACCAUAGAAGGCAUCAUCACACCCAUUGUUGAUACCUUCAAAGUCAGAAAAGAAAUUCUUACUGUCAUCUGCUGCUUGGUAGCAUUUUUUAUUGGCCUGAUCUUUGUGCAGCGCUCUGGAAAUUAUUUUGUGACGAUGUUUGAUGACUACUCAGCUACUCUGCCCCUGCUUAUUGUGGUCAUUUUGGAGAAUAUUGCAGUCACCCGAAUUUAUGGAAUAGACAAAUUUAUGGAGGACCUGAAGGAUAUGCUUGGGUUUUCUCCAAGCCAGUAUUAUUACUAUAUGUGGAAGUAUGUUUCACCUUUUGUAUUGUUAUGUUUGCUGAUAGCUAGCGUUGUUCAAAUGGGAUUAAGUCCUCCUGGCUACAAUGCUUGGAUUGAAGAUAGGGCUAUAGAAGAAUUCCACAGCUAUCCAACAUGGGGAAUGAUUGUCUGUAUAUCUCUGAUGGUGUUGGCCAUACUGCCAGUCCCAAUAGUCUUCAUGGUACGCCGUUGCAACCUUAUUGAUGACAGCUCUGGUAGUUUGGCAUCUGUAUCCUACAAAAGAGGUCGGAUAAUAAAGGAACCUGUAAAUCUGGAGGGUGAUAAUACAAGUCUGAUUCAUGGGAAGAGUUCAAGUGAAGUGCCAUCUCCAAAUUUUGGCAAAAACAUAUAUCGAAAACAGACUGGAUCACCAACUCUGGACACUGCUCCAAACGGACGUUAUGGUAUUGGGUACCUGAUGGCAGAUAUGCCUGACAUGCCAGAGUCUGAUUUGUAACUGCAGAAAAAAAAUGCUGGUUUGCUCUCCUCUCACUGAUCAUGGCUCUUCUACGAGA